CUCCGUCCAACAUCCCCCGAAACCCCUGAACCCAUCGAAACCCCGUACCAUGCAGUCCCUCGCGAAACCCCGGGCGCUCGAACCCCUCCCUCCCCUCGCCGUCCGCCUCCAGUCCAUGGAUUACGUGGACGUGAAGAUGCGGUGGAAGAAGGACGCGUCGUUCGACGCCGUGCCCGUUCUAUCCCACGCGCGCGACCUCCGCCCGCUCGCUUCCCUCGCGCGCCUCCUCACCCCCUCUCCCACCCCCGUAUCGGCGGUAUCCAAGCUCCGCCGCUUGCUCGAGACCCCCGACCGCCGGGUCACCUCCUUCCUCCGCCGCUUUCCCGCCGCCUUCGUCGAGUCCGUGGGGCCGCAGCACAACCUCCCCUGGUUUUGCCUCUCCGACGCCGCCGCCAUGCUCCUGCGGGAGGAGCGGGAAGUCUUCGUCGCCCGCCGCGCUGAUAUUGCCGGCCGCCUGCGCCGCCUCCUCCUGAUGUGCCCGCGGCGCCGCAUCCCGCUCAGCGUGGCGCAGGGCAUGCUCUGGCACCUUGGCCUCCCGGAGGACUACUUCAAGUACCCGGACGACAACAUUGCUCAAGAUGGAUUCCGGGUCAUCACAUCCUCAGAUGGCGCUAUUUGCCAGGAUGACGACGACGGGAGGGCAUUGGGGCUCAUUGAUGAUGGACAAGCCCAAGAAAUGCCUCUGUCAUUUCUCCAAAUGAAUGCUAUGAGAAAGUUCGGGUCGGCUGAUGAGGUGCGUAUCCCGCUUUUCCAGUCAAAGGGUCUCCGGUUGAAGCGGAAGAUUGAGGACUGGUUGGAAGGGUUUCAGAAGCUGCCUUAUGUGUCUCCAUAUGAAGAUUUCAGCCAAAUCAAUCGGAACAGUGAUGUUUCAGAGAAACGGGUGGUUGGGGUGCUCCAUGAGCUGCUUAGCUUGUUUGUGACAUGUUCUGCUGAGAGGCGGCGAUUACUUUGCCUCAGGCAGCACCUGGGGCUGCCACAGAAGUUCCACCGUGUGUUUGAGCGGCACCCGCAUGUUUUCUACUUGUUGUUAAAGGAGAAGACAUGCUUUGUUGUCCUCAAAGAGGCAUACAUGGCUGGGGAAGACACGGCGAUUGAGGAGCACCCCAUGCUAGAAGUACGCAAGAAGUAUGUCCAAUUGAUGGAGGAGUCACGGGAGAUCAUAAGGUGCCGGCGGAGUGGGAAGCCUAUUGCAUCGGAGUCCAAGUAUUCUGAAGAUUGAGGACUCUGUUGAAAUGUUGUCAUAGAAAGUUAUGUUUUUGACUAAGAAGAAUGGGGAAAUGUGCAGUAUGACUUUUACAACAAGAAUGAGGAGCUCUACAGCUCUACUCUUGGUAGGAGCCAAUUUGCUGCUCGUUAAUUGCAAAAAAAUACAACAGUGUGUAGAAACAGGUUGUGACUAUGAUAAAUUUGGAUUGUAUCUUAGUUUUCCUUCCUGCUAUUGACUUAUUGUUCAGUACGUCACUAAUUUACAUUGUUGACAUGCCUCAGACCUUAGUGACACAAAAUUAAUAUAUUUUGGACGAGAUUUCUGA